AUGCUCGCUCUCUUCAUCCUUUCGGCGCUGGCGCUGGCAUGCAAGACGACUUCAGCCGCAACCGUCUUUGCYCAUUUUAUGAUGAUGAACAGCUACGCUUACGACGUGAAGCAGUGGGAGGCGGACAUUGCCGCCGCUCAGGACAUUGGCAUUGACGGAUUCGCCCUCAACUGGAUCCCUCCGGACUGCACAGCCCACGAGCUCUGGGUCGCCGAUAGAAUCGAGGACGCCUACACCGCCGCGGAGAAGCUCAACUUCAAGCUCAUGUAUUCCUUCGACAUGAGCUACACCCAGUGCAACACUUACUGGAACCAGACAUACAUGCAGGCGGCAAUCACCAAGUAUGCGAAGAGCCCAUCCACUUACCGCUGGAACAGCAACAUUCUCGUGUCAACCUACGGUGGUGACCAGGUCGACGAGUACUACGGUGACUGGUUCUUCCAAGGACUCAAGGAUAAGAUGAAGUAUUGGAACAACGCCAUCACACUCGCCCCAGCUCUCACCACCUACUCGAUGUCCGCGCAGCACGAUGCCAAAGCCGCAGCCUCCAAGCUCAUCCGCGAGUACCCCUCGAUUGACGGCUACUUCAACUGGCAAGCUUGGCCACUCGAUGUCGAGGCCAACAUAACAACCUCUCCGGAUUUGGCGUUCCAGUCCGCCUUGAAGAAUGCUGGCAGAACUGGACCUUACAUUAUGGCCAUGUCCCCCUGGCAGUACAAGGAUCUCAACGACGGCAACCCCAUGAAUGCUUGGGUCGCAUACAGUGACAUGCUGUUUCCCAACCGCUUCAAGCAGAUCACGAGCGAUAACGAGGUUCAGCCCGACAUCAUCGAGAUUUUGACGUGGAAUGAUUUCUGCGAGUCGCAUUACAUUCGCGACCUGCCGUCCCAAGACAUCAACGCCAAGGACUACGUCGAGCUUGGUGACAUGGGGGCCUACGUCUACGGCCAGGACCACAGUGCUUGGCGCAUCGUCGCCAAGUACUACAUCUCCUGGUGGAAGAGCGGCACCCCGCCGCCAAUCACCAACGAUCAAGUCGUCUACUGGUACCGCGUCCAUCCCAAGGAGACAAUCUGCACUGGCGGGUCAUCGACCGAGAUCCGUAACAAUGCAUACCCGGUCGAUGCCGUUUUUGCAUGGGCUCUUGUAUCCUCAGCUUCAACGAUAUCCAUGUCUGUCGGCAACAACAAGUACUGGACAUUCAAGGCCGAUGGCAGCGGACCAGCGAUGAACAUGGUACCUUUUCCAGAGUACGUUUCUCAGACAGGCGUAUCUCCGGAGAUCGCUGUCAUGCGGAAUGGUGCCGUCGUUGCAUCCGGCACUGGUAAGGUUGCCAUAYCCAGCGCCUGCGACUGGCAGAACUUCAACCCUGUCGUUGGCUUGGUUGGCAAGUCGAAUCUGUUGGGCCAGUGA